AUGGAUCUCACCAACCCCACACAAACUCCCAACGUCAGCGAGUUGCUCAAGAGUUUGGGCAGUCGUGAUGAUGCGACGCGCAAGAUGGCAGCCUUCAAGCUGCAAUCUCUCAUAAACGACCCCUCCUUUGCUGAACUGUUCGUCCAGCAAGGCGGUUUGCCCAUGCUACGCCUCCUAAUAUUGGAGAGCAGUGGUAACACCCUCGCCUACGGCCUUGCCAGUUUUGCGCGGCUUCUCGAUGUCGACCAAGGUUGGGAGGCUGUGGACAAUGCGGUAGUCGAAAAGGUUGUUGAAUUGGUCGUGUGCCAACCCUUGGUCAACAUUCUGCGUGGUGCAAUGGCCAUUCUUGUUGCUAUCGUUUCAAAACCUUACAAUGAGGACCAGAGUCUUGAAUCUUCCCGUCCGAAACAGCAAAUCGGAGGAUUUUCCGCUCUGAAGCCGGCCAUCAGCACCUACCCUCAGUUCCUCGAGAUGCUCGUCAGUCGUCUCUCUUCCGCUGACCAUGCUUUAUGCGCAAACGCACUGCAGCUCAUCAACUCACUCAUGCGCGAUGCAAUUACUAACGAUCUCGAGACGGAGUGGCCUAAGUUCAUCAAAAGAAUUCAAGACCUCGGCGUCAUUAAGGCUGUCUACAUGCUGAUGAAGGGUUCGGCCUUGUCUGAUCUGGCUCACCCCCUUCUCGAAUUUCAGAACCUAACCAAGAUCCUGCUUCGUCGCUGGCGCGAUGUACCUGUCGAUUUGCAGAAGCCCGAGCACCGCCGGACCAUCAAGGCCAUACACCUGUCUAGCAACCCCGAGAAGACGCCCGGCACAGAUGCUGAUGCUGAUGAGCCUCGUAAGCACCACCCACGCAAGUGGCGUCGCCUUGGCUUUAGCAGUGAGCAGCCCGAGACCGACUUCGAGACGAUGGGAUUUCUCGGCAUGAUGGACUUGUCAGACUAUGUGCGUAAGAAUCAGGAAGAGUUCCAACACUAUCUUAUGGAGCAGCUCAUUGGUCCAGAAGACGAACGCUGUCCUGUCGCCCAGGCUAGCCUCACCAUGACAUUGAUUCUGUUCGAACACUUCGAAGUCGAGAAGAAUGAAGACGAAGAGUCUAAGGAUUACAUGGCCCUCGAAAGCCGCUCUCAUAAUUUCGAAAAGGUCUUCAAACCUCUCCUUCUACAUUGGUCCCGUCUGCAUGUUGCUGGCCUGUAUGCCUUCUUUCGGCUUUGGAAGGCUGCAGGUGCUAAGACCAGUGACUUUACCAAGAUUGCCGAUGUUGUGCGCAUUCUGGUCGAAAGUGUCGUGGGAGGCUCUGACCGGACUAGGACGAUUGAGGAGAUGGAGAAGGAGAUGGCUGCCUCUGAGCUGAAACAGCUGCGCCAGCUCCAGAUGGAAAUUUCUGACCUACAAUUCGAGGAUGUUUGGGGUCACCACCUUCAAGCCUCCAAGGAAGAGCUACAGAGUGAAGCGACUCAGCUUAUGAGCGAGCAGCGCAUUCGCUGCAUGAUGGCUGGUCAAUGGUUUCCUCUUGAGGACGGAUACACCACCACAGACCUUGGAGGCCCUGUUCACGAGGACGAUCUUCACGCCCGGGUUUACCACUAUCGCUUCGUUCGACUCGCUGCUGACCGCUGCUUCCUGCACUGGGGUGAUUUCGAGCAGCGUGAAGGUCCGUCGCCAACCACGGAUCAGCUGCCUGACAGAGUCGACACUCGUGUUAUCUCUUCUGUGACUUCUGGGAUGGGCGAUACAGCUUCGAUGAGCUCAGGAGUAGCUGCCCCGCAAGGACAGCUCGCUAAAGUCACUAUCCACGGUUAUCUUCCUCGAUCGCGGGACGGCCAGUCGAACCACAAUCGCACCAUGUCCAAGACCUCGAAAGUUUCUAGCCGCCAAGAGCGGGAGACGGUGCUUCUCAGCUUCAUGCCACCCAACCAAGAUAGCGCAUCCGAGUGGGUCGAUGGACUGCUCUUUCUUCUUAAGCAACAGCCUAUCACUGCGCCGACGAACAAGUACAUCAACCAGAUGUCAGACAUGGCGUUAAAGGUUCGCUUGCUGAACUUGCGAUACAACGAAGAAGACGGAAUGAUUGGAGGAAUGCAAGGUACGGAGAUGCCACAGCUUCCCAGUCGAGAGGGUCUGGACGAGGACUACUACUACCAAAUUUGA